AGACGUACAGGCUUGAUUACUCGUCCGCAUAACUCCCCUCCAAAAGCAAUAGGAAAUAUACUUCGAUGGACGAGUCGGCGGUAGCGGCGGUGCGUCGUUUCUCGUUGUACGGCGACACCGCAGCGAAUCAAGAGCUGUUGCACCUCAUCGACCACUCUCUUGACGUUGGAGGCACCAAUGCUGUUCAGACGGUGGCCCCGCAGCUGCUGCGGUGGUCGUUGGAGGACACCACCGCCCAGACCUCCGCCUCCUCGUUGCUCUACGUCGCGGUUCUUAACCGACACUUCUGCCUGCGUGUGGUACUCGAUCAUCUCGCGCAGCCGUUAGACCGCCGCCCGUCUGGCCUCGACGAACUCCAGCAUCUCUACAUCACCGCCGCACGCCUGACAGCGCAAGACGCGGCGCGCAAGCAGCUCACGCAGUGUGUCGCAGCUCUCUUCAUUGUGCUGGAGGACCAAUUGGCUGAUCGGCUGUGUUCAUGGGUACGCGGCAAUGACAACGGAGCCGUCGUGUCUGCCCAGGACUGUCGCAUGGCGCUACACGUGCUAAUGGCCGCCAUGGACCUGCUGGCGGACCGCCGCGUGCCCAUUGGAUCGAUUCGCCGGGCCACGCAGCGCCGCCAGCUGCAAGAGCACCUCGCUAUUGCGCUGCAGUCGUCUUUAGAUGGAGGGGAGGACAUGCAGCUGCUGGUGCGUGUCGCCGGCACCGCCGUACGUUUCUUGCUGGAGGCGAUGUACGGGGAGCCGCAGGAAGUCGCCAACACGUUUUGGUCUGCUCUUCCCACCAGUGCAGUGUGGCGUCACUGCAUUGAGUGUUUAUCUCGCUCGACUCCGCCGUGCCCAGAAGAAGUGUUGGAUCUGGUGUGCAACGUACUUCGCUGUUUGACGACGAUGAAUGCGGCAGCGGAGACCAUCUUGCUUGAAGCGCUACCAGCAGUUCUUCAGCCGGUAAGCUCGCCGGCGACGACGGAUUGGGAGACGAUGAGCCGCGUCAUCGCCGCUGCGUUAGAGGCGUCUACGGAGGCCAUCAUAACCGAACAACCCCCCGACGCGCCGCUCUUUCGCUUGUUCUCCUCCGCGGCGGAGCGUCUCGUGCUGCUGCUGCAGACGCCUGCCACCCCGCCAUGUGCGCUACGUCAUGUCUGCGAGGGCAUCAGCGCACUGACGCAGGUCCUGCAGCCCGCCCCGAUACCCGCGAUGGAGCCCACCGACGAUCCCGAGGAUUUCCAGGAAAUCGUGGAGUGCUUGAGGGCGGCGAACGCGACGAAGGUGACGGCACUGGAGCAGCUGCGGCCUUUCCUGCUGGCGUGCGAGACCGCGCUGGCGACUCGUCUUGCGCGGAGCGGCUUUGCGCUUGCGGAGUGGCGCAGCGUUGCCGACUACGUCACGCAGCGCCUCGCUGACCGAGAGGCAGAAGACUUUCAGGUCGCGCACGAGGAGGCCGAGUUGGCGCUCUACACGACCUACGAACGUCUCAGCAGACUUCUCGGCCCACUGACGGCGCAGGUCCUUCACGCGAUGACCGAAGAACCCGACCAGCAACUGCUGCUCGUCACAGUGAACGCUGACUUGAUGCUGCAGUGGCUGCAGUCAGUGGAGCCGUCGACCCUUUUGCUGCAGGCUGUGCUUCUGCCGCCUACGGUGACUCGCUACGUCAUGGGCGGCGUCGGCUCCAGUUGUACAGCGGCGUGGUCUGCCGAUGCCUCGCUGACGGUCUUGAACGUCUUACUGCGCGCCCUGGCGUUUUACGAGGCGCACGCCGUGCAAGACAGCGGUGCUGUGGAGGCGGUACUGGCCGUGGCAGAGGCGGCCGUGAAGGUUGUCGUGGCGGUGCAGCAGGCUGGCUUUGACAUCGCGCAGGUGCGUCAGAGCUGUGCGCCACUCGUGGCCCUUCUCUGGCACUCCGUGACGAGCAACGUCGAGAGCGUAUUCGGUGGCAAGACACGCCACCGCGCCGUACUUCAACUUUUCACCCUGCUGCAGCGCGGCGUGGUGGCGUUGCCGGACAGCGCCAUCCCCGCCCUCACGGAAGCAGACACGUACACGCAGGCCGUUUUGUUUGCCGGCGGCGGCGCGACGAACGCGCGCAUGGACACGCCGGAGGUGUUUGCGCACACACUGGAUUGCCUGGCGCAGCUGUCCGAGUGCGCGGCGGACGCAGCGGGAGAGGAGGAGUCGGCAGAGGCUUGUGUGCUGGAGGGUGUUGUAGCGCGUGCACGUCGACAUAUGGAGGUAGGUGAGUGGUCCGCAGAGGAGGUGGCCGCUAUGCUGAAUCGGUGGCACACGCGCCACCCCCAACUCGCGCUGUGCUUUUUGAAGUUGGCCGCAACCGUCUCAGCGCCGCUGCAGCCCUCGCUGAUGCUGGCCGGUCUGCUUCGCUUCUUCCACAUCCCCGAGAACCGCGACGUCUCCACGGCGAACCUCGCUGCCGUGCUGUCGCUGGACUUCGUGCAGCCCAUCGCGGCAACGUCCCCCACUGCAGCGUCGUUGUAUUCGCUGCUGCGGUGGCUGCUGCAGCCUCAUCCAUCCUUCACUGUCGCGGAUGGCGGGCGACGGGUGCGUGCGCUGGCCACGUGUGGCCGUUUUGUGUGGGAAGGGGCACCCCAGCUGACUCUGUCGGAGGUGGUAGAGGGGCUGCUGAUGUGCGUGGCGCGCUGGCAGGAGUUUACGGCGGCGACGGCGCUGAGCGGCCCCUCAGCGGAAAGCAGCAGCAACGACGACGGCGACGCGGACGGCGAGGACGAAGUGGAGGAUGAGGCACAGGUGGAGCGUAAGGUGCUGGAGGAGCUGGCGGUGUGGAGUCGCUGCGCCGCUGAGUUGACAGAGCUGCCCGUGAAUGCGCCUGGGUGGCUGGCGAGUCUGCAGUGCGCGCAGGAUGACUACGAAAGGAUGGAGGUACUCAAGAAUCUCUGA